CUGCGUUUCCAAAACACGUUUUCUCUCCUUUCACCAGAAAAAAAAAAACAAAAUCUUUCGAUAUUUUCUCACUUGUUUUUAAAUUAAAUUCUCGUGAUAAAUCUCUCACAAGUUUUUUUUUUAGUUUUGAUUCUGUCGAAAUCUCUUCCUAAGAAACCGAGAAACCUACCUUGAUUCUCAAGUUUAUCAUCCUUUUAUAAAUCUUUUUAUUUUGUUUCUCUUUUCAUUUUGAUGCGAAUAUUGUGAGAGAGAGGAAAAAAAACUUGUGAUGGACGAGUUACAAGAGUACAUGGACUUCCGACCAUUAAAGUACUCAGAACACAAAACAUCUGUCACCAAAUACACCAAAACGUCACCGGAAACUCGACCCGACUCAGUAAAAAUCGUUCGCGUCUCUGUGACCGAUCCUUACGCAACCGACUCAUCAAGCGACGAAGACGAACAAGAACAAGAAGACUUCCUCUUUCCUCGCCGGCGAGUCAGGAGGUUCGUCAACGAGAUCAGAGUCGAGCCAGGACGCAGCGAUACCGACGUUGCCGGAGGAGUCUCGACGAAGGAGAGGAAGAGACUCUCGUCUCCGGCGUUGGCGUCGAAUCGCCGCCGUGCUCUCAAAGUGUCGACCACCUCGGGACAAAACGGGAGGAAGUUCCGCGGCGUUAGGCAGCGGCCGUGGGGGAAAUGGGCGGCGGAGAUUCGAGAUCCGGAGCAGAAGCGGAGGCUCUGGCUCGGGACUUUCGAGACGGCGGAGGAAGCAGCGUUGGUUUACGAUAACGCGGCUAUUAGACUCCGUGGACCGGACGCUCUAACCAACUUCUCUGUACCGCCUGAAGAGUCAGAACCGGAACAGUCGGUUAUUGUUAAACCGGAAAGCAACAUUACGACGACAACAACGUCCUGUUCCGAAUCAACUGAAGAUUUUCAACAUGUUUCGUCUCCGACAUCGGUUCUCAAUCUCCAAUCAUCAGAAGAAAUACAACAACCGUUUAAAUCAGCUAAACCGGAACCGGAAAUUUCGGAUGCGGUUUGGUGGCAUACCGGGGUUAGUUCCGGUUCAGGUGAAUCAGAUGAUUCGUUUAUGUUGGAUAGUUCGUUUCUAGACAACUAUUUCAACGAAUCACUACCGGAGUUUUCAAUGCUCGAUCAACCAAUGGGUGAAGUAUUUUUGGAAAAUGAUAUCUUCGGUGAUGCUUUCUUGGAUGGUGAAAGUAUGAUGAACAUUGGAGAUGAUGAGUUUACUACUUCCAGUAUCAAAGAUAUUGGUUCAGUGUUCAGUGAAUUUGAUGAUUCAUUGAUAUCAGAUCUGUUGGUCGUUUAGUAUCAUGAGUGAGAGAGAAUAAGAGAAACCGUAGCAAAUAUGUAUGGUGCGACCAAACAACAAUUUUGAUGUUUUUAUUUAAUGAGCUUUUUAAUAUUUAAUAAUUUAGUUUUGUCAGGAGCUUGUAAAACAAUUUUUGGAGGAAUAGUGGGGAAAAUAGUUAAUGAGUUUUGUUCUUAUUCAAUAAUUAAAUGUGUUUUGUUCUUAUUCAAUAAUUAAAUGUGUUCUUAGUUGCA